AUGAGUGCGUCCGCUAUCGUUCAGUUAGUGCCUGAUGGGGUCCGUGGUAUGAAAGUGUUGGACCGUGAGAAAUUCUUGCGCAAUUUGAGUGUUCCUGUAUUAAAGGUCAAAGAAGAAAAUUUGUCAAAGAUUACUAGUAUUUGUAAGGGCUACUUUCUCAAACUUGAAGUAUUUAAACCGGUGCAAAGUAUAGAAGAUGAUGAAACCGGCAUUUACAAGAAAUACAUUCAUUUAAACCCUGAAAAGGUGACUCAGUUUGCUGACAUAGCUGAGGGUGACCGCAGAGCUCUGUGUCAACUUGAUGUGACAGAAAAAAAUUUUGAUAACAGAAAAAUACAACUAACUUAUGACAACUACAAGGUUGAAGCAAUAUUUAAAGCUGUUUUACCUGAAGAUGAAAUUUCUGUCAGUGGUUUUUCUCAGAUUGGACACAUAAUACACUUAAAUUUAAAGGAUCAUUUACUUGAAUACCGCUUUAUUAUUGGAGAAGUACUUCUGGACAAGAUUAAGACAUGCAGAACUGUAGUCAACAAGAACAAUAUCAUUGAUAACACAUUUAGAAAUUUUAGUAUGGAAGUAAUUGCAGGCGAAGAAGACUUCUUUGUGACUGUGAAAGAAAACCGUUGCAUUUUCCAAUUUGAUUUCUCUAAAGUGUACUGGAAUCCUCGUCUUGGUAAGGAACAUGAAAGAAUAUUAAGCUUCUUAAAGCCAGAUGAUGUGUUAUUUGAUGUUUUCUGUGGUGUUGGCCCUUUCGCAGUUCCUGCCGCAAAACGGAAAACCAAAGUUUUUGCCAAUGAUUUGAACCCAGACUCCUAUAAAUGGUUGAAUCACAAUGCAAAAUAUAAUAAACUUAAUGUAUCUUUUUUUAAGUCUUAUAAUCAAGAUGGCAAGGAUUUUAUUUGCACUGUUUUUAAAGAUUAUUUAAUUGAUUUAUGUAAAGGAAAUGAAAAUUUACAAGGUAAGAUUCAUAUUACAAUGAAUCUACCUGUGAUGGCUGUGGAAUUCUUGAAAUACUUCAAUGGCUUAUUGAAAGAUGAGUGCUUAGCAGAAAAAUUCAAUCAUGAAAUACUUGUUUAUGUUUACUGUUUUGUAAAUGGUACCAAUCCAGUUGACAUUGCAAAGAAAAAGGUAAAUGAAAAUAUUGGAUGUGACAUUUCAAAUGAUAUUGUAGAUAUUUUUGAUGUUAGAAAUGUGUCCCCAAAAAAAGAAAUGAUGAGAAUUACAUUCAGAUUAACAAAAGAGGUUUUGUUCAGUGUUAAUGAAGAACCUCCUUGUAAAAAGGUUUGUGUGUGA